CCUUUAGAGGGAUGGAAUCUAGCUGCGACAUAUUGUCCAUUCCCAUAUGCAAUCUUAAAAUACAAGGGCAUCGUAUAUUUUAGAAGUUAAAAAUGCUACUUCAAUCAAAGCUAAAAAUCAGUAUUCAUCUGUUAUUUGCACGCCAUAUACCAGUGGCUAAAUUUAGGAACUGUACCAAAGAAGGACUAAUUUUCCAGUCAGUUUCAAAUAAUGUCUAUGAAAAUCUAGCAGUGGAAGAUUGGAUCCAUGACUGCAUGAAUCUAGAAGAAAGGAAUAUUCUUUUUCUAUGGAGGAAUUUACCUAGCGUGGUUAUUGGCAGGCACCAGAAUCCUUGGAAAGAAUGCAAUCUUCAUCUUAUGAGAGAGAAAGGUAUAUCUUUGGCAAGAAGACGCAGUGGAGGAGGGACAGUUUAUCAUGAUUUGGGGAACAUUAACCUAACAUUUUUUACUUCAAAGAAACGUUAUAAUAGAAUGGAAAACCUCAAUCUGGUUAUAAGGGCUCUGAAGACAUUACAACCAAACCUGGAUGUGCAUGCAACAGAGAGGUAUGAUAUCCUACUUGACAAGACAUUUAAAAUAUCUGGAACAGCAGCUAAGCUAGGGAGAACGGUUGCUUACCAUCAUUGUACAUUAUUAAGCAAUGCAGACAGAUCUCUGUUGCCCUCAGUCCUCCAAAGUCCUUUUCAGGGCAUACAGAGUAAUGCAACACCAAGUGUUCCUGCAUUGGUGAAAAAUCUUACAGAAUCUGAUUCUUCUUUGACCUGCGAAGCUAUAAUGGAUGUGGUGGCAUCAGAAUAUGCUGCUCAGUAUGGCUUUACACCUCACGUCAACCUUGUAGAUCCAAAUGAUGAAUCAGUCUUUCCUGGUAUAUGCCAGAAAAAAGGAGAACUGUGUACUUGGGAAUGGAUUUAUGGUAAAACACCAAAAUUUGGAGUUAAGACUUCUUUUCAAAUGUUUUACAAUCAAUCUGUCCUUGAUGUUAAAUUAAGUAUUGAUAUAAAAAAUGGUUAUAUAGAAACUUGCUUUAUUGACUUGCCUAACUAUUGGCUUCCACAAGAACUAUGCAAUGAAAUGCAAAGCAGUUUGGUGGGAAGCAAAUUUUGCCCCAGUGAAACUGCUUUCAUAAUAAGUACAUUGUUGCGGACUUGUCCUGAAAAUGAAGACAUACAUAAUAAGGGCAAUAUGUUAUGUGAGAAGUUAUUGUCAAUAAUGUGAUUUUUUUUUUUAAUUAAGCAAGCCAAUUUCUCUAACAAGAUAAUAUUAAAACAUGGUUUAUAUAAAUAAGGAUCCCAUUAGCUGAGUCUACAGCAAGGUUGGGGAACAUUAUAUCUGUUAAUGGCCACAUACAUGUGCAGAACUAAUCUUAGAACCAUUGAAUAAAAUAAAAACAACCUUUUUUUUUUUUUAGCUUCAAAGAUGAGGAUUUCUCCCAGCUUGCCUGAGUCAUCAUCCUUUUUUUUCCUGCUCAGCUAAUAUUCUCACAUUCUCAGCCAUAGUUAUCUUUCUCUUAUACCACUGUUUAUAACUUCUGUUUAAUUAACUUUACUUUCUGGUGAGAUCACAUUGCAUUGUAUAGAUUACAGUGCACACCUUGUCUGCAGUGUUCACUGAAUGUAAUAUUUGUGCUAUGAGAAGCAGAAUGCAUUUUAUUUUAUAAUCGACUCCCUGUAAGGAAGUCACAUGCUGCUGUUUUGUAACUUCUUCAUGCAAAUACAUUUGUUUUCAUCUGACUUAAAUAAAGGUUAUUUAAUAAG